CAACCGUUUUAUCGACUGGUUUUACCUUGCUCAGGUAAACAAUUAAAAAAUGGCGACCGUUGAAGACGUCAGGUAACACAGGGGCACAAUUACGUUGGAGAUGUAAGAAGGCAAAGCUGAAGCAUGCUUUUCGUGUGGACUACACCCAUAUGGGUGUUGCUGCUGACCCCCUUGGGGAUAACUGCCCAAUGGGCAAGCUGGGAAAACCAAAACCCUACAAACACCAAGGAAAACUUUUUCAUGGACUCCAAUGCUGAGUGUAACAAGCAGUAUGACAUUGGAGAGAACAACGCCCUUCUGCACGGUCACGGUGCUUUGUUAGAGCAGCAACCCCCAAAGACCUGCCAGAUCACAUUCAGCACUGACAGUGUCCGUGAGAAACGCAAGUUCAGGAUAGAGGUCAUUAGUGCAAGCUUCGAUGCUGAUGGAGUACAGUUCUAUGUCUACGACAGUUCUACAACAGACACUUUGCUGGUGAGCUCAUCACAUUUCACAUAGACCUUUUUGAAUUCU